AUGAAGGUGUGUGUUGCCUCCGACGAAACCGCUCCCUCUCAAUCUGGACCUAAGUUGAUUUCCGGCCAAGCCGUUGAGAUCCCUAGCUCCGUCAGUGUUCAAUCCACAGGAAAUGACCAAUCGAUAGUCUUGCCGACGGUCUUGGCCACAUCCUCCGAAGUAGAUCUAGCAGCCUCUGGUGUGCAGGGUCUAAACCUACCGCCGUCUAAAGCGGAUGUGAACGCACAAGCUCUGGUGUCCCCUCACCGUACUAAGGUGGACGAAGUCGCGAACACCUCUCCUACGGGUCCCAGAACAGUGAAACCCUAA